CUAGGGUCUUGCUUAGCAUGAUGGGAUCUAUGAACGCUUAGUCAUUGAAAAUCCAAGAUGGAGGUCGAAACAGCAAGAGAAAAGGCUCUUUCAGACUACAAAAAGAAACUCCUAGAGCAUAGAGAACUAGAAGCCAGGUUAAAAGAAAUGCGAGAACAGCUGAAGGAAUUUACAAAAGACUACGACAAGUCUGAAAAUGAUCUUAAAGCUCUUCAAAGUGUAGGCCAGAUUGUUGGUGAAGUGUUAAAGCAGCUAACAGAAGAAAAAUUCAUCGUGAAAGCUACAAAUGGCCCACGUUAUGUUGUUGGUUGUAGAAGACAGGUUGAUAAAGCAAAACUAAAGCAAGGCACACGUGUGGCUCUGGAUAUGACUACACUGACCAUUAUGAGAUACCUACCCAGAGAAGUUGACCCUCUUGUUUACAACAUGUCACAUGAAGAUCCUGGUGAUAUUACUUACUCUGAUGUUGGAGGAUUAAGCGAGCAGAUUAGAGAGCUAAGAGAGGUAAUAGAACUUCCUUUGACAAACCCAGAACUCUUCCAGCGAGUAGGUAUAUCACCACCCAAGGGAUGCCUUCUUUUUGGUCCCCCAGGUACUGGCAAAACUCUGCUUGCAAGAGCAGUUGCUAGUCAACUUGAUGCUAACUUUUUAAAGGUGGUAUCAAGUGCAAUUGUCGACAAAUAUAUCGGAGAAAGUGCUAGACUUAUACGAGAAAUGUUUGGAUAUGCCAGAGAUCACGAGCCUUGUAUUAUAUUUAUGGACGAAAUAGAUGCCAUUGGUGGCAGACGUUUCUCAGAAGGAACAUCAGCUGACAGAGAAAUUCAGAGAACUCUUAUGGAGCUGUUGAACCAGAUGGAUGGUUUUGAUGUUCUAGGACAGGUAAAAAUGAUCAUGGCAACCAAUCGACCGGAUACUCUAGACCCUGCUCUGUUGCGCCCUGGACGACUGGACAGAAAAAUAGAAAUUCCACUGCCCAAUGAGCAAGCAAGAAUGGACAUCCUAAAGAUUCACUCAUCGAAAAUCACCAAACAUGGCGAAAUCGAUUACGAAGCAGUAGUAAAGCUGUCCGAUGGCUUCAACGGCGCCGAUCUACGCAAUGUCUGCACUGAAGCAGGAAUGUUCGCUAUUCGAGGUGAGAGAGAAUAUGUCAUAGAAGAGGACUUCAUGAAGGCAGCUCGUAAAGUAUCAGAAAACAAGAAGCUUGAAUCGAAGUUAGACUACAAACCCGUCUAGAGCAAUGCAUUGAAAACCUUAGUACGCGAUACUACUUGUGACCAUUGUUUGAAAGAAGCAAUUAAACCCCCAGAGUAACAUUA